AUGUCCACAGUGGGCCUGACUGCCCAGGAGACCUCUUUCCCUCUCAAGAACCCCCUCCUCUGGAGCAGCUGUGGCGACAGCAUGGACUCAAAGUCGUCCUGGUGGUCCCCUCAUGAAAGUCUGAAAGCAGCCUACACAGAUCCAAAGUUUCAUGCAUUCCACAAAAAGUCUCCGCCUCAGUCUCCGAGUCAUGAAAGGCACAAACACAGUCCGGGAACACAGAGGCUCCCAAAGAAGUCCCAACCGUCCUACCUGUCCUUGAGCUCCACACCCGAGCCCUCAGGUACCAGUUCCUCAGAGGAGCUCCCCAGUCUACCCAGUCUGCCUCAGCACAGAAACAGCUCUCCCCCACACACGCAAGGCCGGGGCUCCAAGCCCCUGCCCCCCCUCCCCAGGGACCAGGACUCUGUGCGCAGCUUAGACAAUGAUGAAUAUUUUUGUUUGGACGAAAAAUCUCGGCUUUUAGAGGAUCAAGUCAUUAAACCUGUGAGAUCUGGACAUGGGCGACAAAGCCUCAGAAUUCGCGGGAAAGUGAACCAAGGCUUCUGCGAGAGACCCAUACCCACAGCCCAGCCUCAGCACACGGGACAGCCUCAGCUGGAGAUUCGUCACACAUCAAACCAUCACCAACCUCUGGAGAGACACGACUCUCGACACGAGCCAGGGCAGCUAUGUCCCCGGCAGACUCCAGACCGGCCCCAGAAACAGAUCCGCCGCACUAAGUCUGGUCCAGCAGGGUCUUUUAGCAAACCCUGUUUGUUGAACCAGUCCAAACGCAGCACAAACAGAACUGAAGUCCCCCCUCCCAUCCCCCCACGGCUCCGAGCUGACGACCGUGAUGAACCCUGUUUCGUGAACCAGUCCAAACGCAGCACAAACAGAACUGAAGUCCCCCCAAAACUCCCCCCACGAGAUCCGCUCUGCAGAGGCUGCUCCCGCACCCCCAGCUUUAAGGGCCUGCCGCCGUACAAGAACAGAGAGAUGCCGCCAACCCAGAGCUUUGCCCCGGACCCCAAAUACGUUUAUCGAGGAUUAAGGAGACAGAAUAGCGAAGGCUCGCCGUGCAUCGUCCCUGUCAUUGAAAACGGACACAAAGUCAGCAACACUCACUACUUUCUGAUGGACGGCCCUCCAGCCCGAGCCAUGGGUUCUCACAGCCCCGAGUUGGACUUCCACAAAAAUCCACCUGUGGAUUUAGUCUGA